AUGCAUAAGGGCUACAUUAAUUGCUCUGCAGUUUUCGGAGCUAUCACGACAUACAGUCAACAACAUACAGUCAACAUUUUCUAUAAACCUGUAACUGUGACCCUGGUACAGGAGACGAAACCAGUGUCGGAGGGUAACGAAGUGAUCAUGGACUGUGCUGCUGAAUGUAACCCAUCACCGCACACCUACUCGUGGCUCAGAAGAGAGAUGGGUCAGAACGAUGAAAGGAAUUCAACUCAGAGGAAAAUGACCUUCAGCAACAUCACACGACAUACCUCUGUCUCCUGCAUCGCUCACAAUAACAUCGGAGCAGGACAAUCUGAGUGGCUGCCUAUUAAUGUUCCAUAUCCCCCAGAAAUCCUACCUGAGUCCUCCUGCAGCCUGACGGGGGAGGUCCUGAUGUGUGUCUGCCUGGCUGAGGCGGUCCCUAAAGCCUCUAUAGAAUGGAUUGUUAAUGGAAAUGACACUCUCCCAUCCUCCUUCACCUCCAACUCAACACAUAUGGAAAAUAUAGUGUCUGGGGAAAUAAGAGGUCCAGUUCAAAGCCAGAUUACUGUAUUUUGCAUAGCCAACAACUCACUGGGCAACGACACCAAACAACUGGCCAUAAACGUAACCAAAUCCUCCCUCCUGCUUGUGGAUCACAAGAAGACAUCGAACUGCCAAACUCAAGCAGAGCUGAGAGAGAUGCAGAUGAGAACAGCCCUUCAGGUGUUUAUGACAAUGAUUUUUUGGAGGAAAUGCGUAGACCGUCUCAACAGUACCAGGUUGACGCAAUGCUCCAAAGACAAGACAAAGUUCAGCCUCCGGAUGAGGAACAUAACGGAGCCAGUGGUGAGGAGUGAGGUCAUUCUCUCAGUUUACAUUAUUACCUUCCUGAUCGGCCUGCCAGCCAACCUCCUGGCUCUCUAUGCCUUCAGUGUCAAGAUUCGCUCCAAGCCGCUUCCAACAGACAUCCUGCUACUCAAUCUGGUUAUCUCUGAUCUGCUCUUCUUGACCAUCCUUCCUCUCAAGAUGCACGAGGCAGCAUCAGGCUUGAUAUGGAAUCUGCCCAACUUCCUGUGCUCCAUCACAUCCUUCACCUUCUUUUCUGCAAUCUACACCAGCUCCUUGCUGCUGAUGGCAGUGAGCGUGUUUCGCUACAUAGGGAUAGCUUUUCCCAUCACCUAUCGUCAGCUACAAAAACCUUCGUAUGCCAUUCUGAUCUGCGCUAUUAUUUGGUUCAUGUCAACAGCACACUGCAGCAUCACUUUCUUCAUUCAGCACCACCCUUCCCUGUCCAACAACAACACCACAGCGUGUUAUGAGAACUUUACUAAGAAGCAGUUGGAUAUCCUCCUCCCAGUACGUUUGGAGUUUUUUAUUGUGCUCUGCCUUAUACCUCUUCUGAUCUGUAUUUACUGCUAUUUGCAGUGCAUCUUGAUCCUGUACAGUCGUCCCAGGAUAUCCCCGAUGAAGAAGCAGAAGGCCAUUGGCAUGGCUUUGGGGACUCUAGCUGUGUUUCUCAUUUGUGUGUUGCCAUAUAACCUCUCUCAUGUAGUGGGCUUCUUUCAGGGUAGCAGCCCAAAAUGGAGGUACUACACCCUGCUGCUUAGCACCUUCAACACCUGUAUUGAUCCUAUAAUCUUCUACUUUUCCUCCUCUGCCUUCCACUGCACUGGUGAAAAGUCCAUUUUCAGGAACUGUAGAUUACAUGCAUCACAAUUACAUAACCAGGCCACAGGCUCUAGCCAAUGA